AUGAAUAUUAUUUUACUACUAGUUUUAGUUAACAUCUACUGGAAUGUAUUUGCUAGUGCUGAAAUCGAAUUUACAUUAAUUCCUUCUGAAAUUAUUUGUCCAUUUUGUAUUGCAUUAAUUGAAAAUCUUCAGCAAACUGCCAAGGAUAACCCAUCUUACAAGAAAGUAUUGUGUGAGUCAUUAUCUGGAACAGAUGAAAAAAAUCUUAAUUCUUGUAUGCAAUCACUAAAUGAAGUAACUAUAGAAAAAUUGAAGAAUUCAUAUGCUGAAGAUAUAUGCAAAAUGCAAAAGCUUUGCUCAAAUCAGCCCAUAAAUGUAACAUUAACGAAUGAAAGUGGAAAACCAAACUUCACAACUAUUCCGCAAGUGACGAAAACAGAAAUGGACAGAGCUAAAAAACGUAUCAUUCUGAAGAAUAUCGAAAAAGCUUUAACUGGAGAAUUGGAAAAUCCAAAUGGAAAAAAUAUGACUAUUCAUUUAGAUGUUGAAUUUCAAAGUCCCGUCGUAAAUGAGCAGUCAUCAACAACAUCAGAGCAGACGUUUACGCAGAAAUAUUCUCCCUGA